AUGGAGCGGUCCGCUUCGGGCCCCAAGAGUCUCUUCCCCAAGGGGCCGAACUUCACCCUCGACGACUUCUCCAGUAAAGAAUUCAUCGUCCGCGACUUUGUCGAUAGCCUUGCGGAGAGCGCCGUACCUACGAACCGUCGAUCUGGCGGCAACACCCAGGCACCUUUCGAUCCCAAGCCCCUGAUCCGUACAUUCGAGAAUGCCCUCGAUCAACUUGGCUCUCUUGGAGCUGAGCUCCAGGACAAAGAGUCGGAGCUCAUGUCACAAGUGCGCCGUGCAGAAGUCGCCCACGAUUCAACCCUCGACACACUAGGUCGGAAGCUCGAUGAGUCCAUGCGGGCCUUUGAACAGCUUGAUCUAUCCCUCAGUCAAGACCACCGCCGCGGUAGGGGUCAUACAGGAGGUAACAUUGCCGUCCAAAUAGGAGAGAAGCUGGAGGAUCUGGACAAGAAGCGACGACGCGCCAACGAUGCCAUGUUCCUGAUCACCUGCUGGACCGAGGUCAGUGAGACUGGGAAGUUGACUUCGCUUCAAGAUGUGCAGAGGCAGGGCGGCUCCGAGAACAAGGUGCGCUGCGCAGUCAUCGUGCGGCAGCUCAUGCGCAUCAGCCAGCGACUCGACACGGCAUCGUGGGGUCAGACCAACGGCCACAGCCCCCGGACCGGCGUUACCAAUGGCGUCGUGGGAAACAACAGGUCGCACAAUACCAGGGAGGCUCUCGAGAAGUUCUGUGAGACGCUGGAGCAGGAGCUUCUGCAGCAGUUUGAGAACAGCAGCAAGAGAGGCAACUACGAAGACAUGAUGGAGUGCGCAAAGGUUCUCUACGACUUCAACGGAGGCGCUAGUGUCAUUGCAACCUUUGUCAACCAACACGCCUUCUUCCUCGACCGCGACCAGCUCCUGGCAGAUGAGGUUGCCAUGGACGGCGAGACUUGGGAGCAGCUUGCGGACCCCGACUCAGAACCCCCGACGGUUGAGCCCAGCUUACAGAACCUGGUGGAUGAGGUCAAGAUUGUGAUGCAGGACGAAUCCAACCAGAUCAAGCUGGCCUUCCCCUACUACGAAACAGUUCUCAUCAAGUUCAUCCAGCGAAUAUUUCAACAGUCAAUCCAACAGAGGCUCGAAAUGGUGCUGGAUGAGACUGACAAGAUCUCGUCUUUGGCGUUUCUGAGGGCAUUGCACUCCUCCAGGAGUUACAUUGGAUCUCUAGUCGAGGACCUCAAGUCACACGGCUUGACUGAGCAUCCAGAGCCUUGUUCGGCCCAAAUAUCACAGACACUCGACCAGCAGAUGGAGGAACUAUUUGUGCCAUAUCUGGUUGGAAACUCAUAUAUCGACCGCGAAAGGAAGAGUCUCGAGGAAAUGUACAGCUCUUUGCUGUUCAAGUUUAGUAUUUAUCACUCACGGCGCAAGAAGGCGCCAACUGGCUUCAUGGCCUCGCUCGCCCAACAGGGCACGCAGCUGAUUGCAUCCGCAAAGGACGCCUACCUCGAGCGUCUCGACUCGUCGGAGCUCACGCCCACACAGAAGCGCAUGAUGCUGCGUGUUGCCGGCGUACAAGACAAGGACAAGGACAACAAGAAUGAGAUUGAGGUCUCAGAGGAAGACGGUGCCCUGAGUAUCCCUAACGCAAAGCGUAUGCUCAAGUGGCUGGCCGAGAGCGUCCAACGCACACUGGAGCUUGGCUCCCAGACCGAGACUCCCAAGGACGUCAAUGUUCUCCUUAACCUGCUCCUGACCAGCAUGGGUCAGGUCUACAUCGAGACGGCACUGGAUGCUGCCCUCGACCAGGUUUCGGUGUUGGAGUACGCAAAGACCGAGCCUGACCUAUCCUACUUGCCAGGACUACAGCCGGCCGUCACCAUCACGAGUCUCAUGGAUCGGUUCAUCACAGUGGUUCUCAUCCGCCUAGCCGAGUCAAACACAACAGUCAGGAGGAGUAUGGAAGCGCAAAAGAAGGUAGCGAUUGAUAACAUUGAAAAGAAGACCAACAAUGUCAUGAAGGGCACCAUCGACGUCGUGGCCAACUGGGUGACCAAGUCGCUGGGCGGCCAGAAGAAGCAGGACUUCCGGCCCAGGGACGGCGAGCUGGAUUCUCUGCAGACGGCGACUUGCCUCAGCAUCUGCACAUUCCUGGGCCGCGCUCAGCGGCUCGCCCGUCAGGCCAUCGACGGCCAGAACGCUGAAAAGUUCUUUAGCGAGCUGGCCCUGGUGACCCUGAAGCUGCUCUUUGAGCACUUCAAGAAGUUCCAGGUCAACGCGACUGGCGGUCUAAUGGUGACGCAGGAUAUUGCAAAGUACGUCUCGACGAUGCGCGAGUGGCCACUGACCAAGGAGGUUGGCUCCACUGUCGAGAUGCUCACCGAGAUCGGUUCCCUCUUUAUCGUUGGACCUGAGGCGCUCCGCGAAAAGUACCGUACGCUGGCCACGGUGGGCACAAGGGGCAAGCUGUCUAGGGCCGACUUCCGAGCCUUUGUCCAGAGGCGUGACGACUCGGGGACCGUGGCUAUCCAGGGCGUGCUAUCUGGUCUUUGAGCGUCGGUUUGAGAGUGUAAGA